CUUUUAUUAUUUUCUCAAACGUGUUGUUUGCUGCCUCAUGAGUUUCGUUUCGUUUGUCUUAACAACCAGCUGACCUGAAGGUUGAUAGCUUAGUUUCAUUCAGCUCACAGUUCUCGUUGCCGUUUGGAGGAACAGACUGUCAAAGCAAUGGACUUAUACGACGAAUAUGACUUGUAUACAGCAGACACUGAGGGUCAAGAUGCUGGACCAUCUCUGGAUGACAUGAUGUAUCAAAACUUGACCAUGUGUCAGCCAUACUUACUGUCAGAGGAGGACAUUUAUACAGCUGGUGAUGAAAUGCCUCAACCUUCAGCACCACUGGAUAUCGCUGGAUUUAAAAUCAAAGUGGACUGGACAGAACCAUUUCCAGAGAGAUGGAGAGCAAGAUUACAGAAAGCCCUUCAGAGCUGGUUGUCCAGACUGGAAGGAACAGCAUCAGUCCACAGCGUUAAACUCAUGGAUGACCCAUCAUGUGCGGAGGUGCAGAUAACACCAUCAACAGCUCUAAAGGUUUUAAAAUAUCACAGAACUGCAUCUCUUCACUUUAAAAAUAUUAAGGAUGGUAAAGUUAAAGGAGAUAAGGAAGUGACUGCACACAUUUAUCUGAACGAAGCACAUUCUGUGACUGUAGAAAAGUCCCUGCUGGAGGAGAACAAAGCUUCAUCAUCAAAGGUGAACAACACUAAACCUGUUACUUCAGUAGUAUCAGAAGACACAAACAAUAGUGAGGACGUUGUUGCAGCUAACAGAGCUUCAAAUGAUGUCGAGAUCACAAAAACAUUUAAAAGGACCCCCGAGACCUCAGCUGGACUCACUGUACCCCUCUAUCAGUUCUGGUAUCUGCAUCAUGCUUACAGAAAGGAGGUAGAGAGAAUUGAGAAACAACAUGGAGUCACUAUGCAUGCAGAAGUGUCAGUCUCAUUCAAAUCCACCCAGAGAUCAAGCAGUGAUUCUGUCUCCAAAGCCUCCGAGGACUUUCAGAAACUUGUCAGUAAUUGUGUGGUUAAUUUUAGUGAUGCUGCCAUUAAUCAUAAAGACAUGAAUUUAGAUAUUGUGAAGGAGGCAAUUCAUACCAUCCAGUCAGAGGAGGCAAAGUUGAUGUUGACCAUGUCUGCCAGUAAUUGUCUGUUCUUUGGACCGAAUAAAUUUACAGACCUGAUUAAAAGAGAGACAACAGGAGUGGAACAACAAUUCAAAGAUAAAUCAAACGAAACUGAUGUAGAUAACAACGUUUCUCCACAAGGCAGGUUUUCACUGGACAUGGACACUAAAGACUUUCCGACUCAACUUGAGAUGGACAAGGUUCAUUGGGAUCUGAUGAAUCUUUCCUAUAAAGAACAAUUGUCACAGCUUGAAACAAAGUAUGGAGUGUCAUUUCAUGAAGAAAAACUGCAGAAAAAUGUCAUUAAGGUUCAAGCUCGAUCUAAAGGAGUUCAACAUAUUAAUCUUGAAAGUCAUGCCCUCAGAGCUUUAACACAACUCUACCAGAAACUUGCCUCAGCCACUGUCAGCUGUAAACUCACAACCCCUACAGAUAAAACUGAUGUGGCACCACUAUUAGAGAAACUUCAGCAGCAGCAUCAUUGUGUCGUUGCAGCAGAUGAACUCAGUCCCUGGAGGCUUGUUGGACUGCCAGAACAUCUCGGUCCUGUUAUUACCGAUAUUGAGAAGACACAGAAUGUGUUUGAUGACAAAAUGAAGAAACUGAUUGGAUACUCAGGCGACAUUCCUCAUUCAAGAGAAAUCAACUGGAAUCAGACGCCUGAAUAUGGACCAGGAGCAGUGGGUGGAGCAGAACGGGAUGAGAGAGGGAAUUUAAGAAUGCAAGGCAAAGCAGAUACAGGUUUCAAUGAAGAUUCAGAAGGAAAUUCUAGACAUGACAGUAAAGGUGCUCAUGCUGAAGAGGAGACAUGUACUAUUUGUAUGGACAGCUUCACUGACAAGAGAAAACUGAAAUGUGGACAUGAAUUCUGUCAGGAAUGUAUAAGGAGGUCAGUGGAGAGUCUGGGACCCAUCUGUCCUGUGUGUAAGGAAGUCUUUGGGAAAAUGGAGGGGAACCAACCAGAUGGAAAAAUGCAUGUAACAAACAGCAGAUGGAGUCUCCCUGGAUAUCCAUACUGUGGCACUAUUGAAAUCACCUAUGACAUACCCAGUGGUAUUCAGACGGAGAAGCAUCCAAACCCGGGAAAGCCUUUUCAUGGGACAAAUUGUUGUGCGUACUUGCCAGACAAUGAUGAAGGAAAGGAAGUACUUGCACUGCUGCAAAAGGCUUUUAAACAGAAACUGAUCUUUACUGUUGGGAAAUCUACAACUUCUGGAAUGGAUAAUGUCGUCACCUGGAAUGAUGUUCAUCAUAAGACCAAUAGAAACGGUGGGCCUGAAAGUUACGGCUAUCCAGACCCUGACUACCUGAAGAGAGUAAAGGAUGAGUUAAAAGCCAAAGGCAUUGAAUGAGGUUUUGAUUUGUAUGUUCCCAAAUGCACACCUAAGCCUAAUAUUUUUCAAAUCAUUUAUAGAUUAUUAAAUUUUAAUAUAUAUAUAUAUAUAUAUAUAUAAUAUAUACUAACAUAUAUAGUGACUUUAAGAACUAUUCAGACCCUUGAUUAGUUUACUGAAAAACAAGCUAUAAAUUGAACUUUUGUUUUGUGUGAAACUCUGCAAAUCUGCAAAUGUUAACUCUCUAAAUUAUAUUAAAAUGACUGACUAACAAACAAACAGACAAAACCUGAAACACUAUUAACGGUCAAGAUAAUUAAAUACAUAUUCUAAAAGUAUGUGAUUUCUGACAACGUAUCAUUCUCUAAAGGAAACCUGUAACAAUGAAGAAAUAGCUAUAUCAGUAAGAAAGUAUCUGGAAUGCAAAAGAGUAUGAAGUGUGCACAUACCUGUUCUCACCAUUUGAUCAGUUAUCCAGAAGUGGAGACGACAUCAUCUAGACCAGGGGUGUCAAACUCAUUUAAGGUUGAGGGCCGGAUUGGAGAAAAUGUCCCCUUGUGCGGGUCGGAUUACCUUUUGUUAAACCCCAGUGUGCUCACAAUUACAUUAAUAUUAACCAUACA